GUAUUAUUUUAAUUAUAUGCAAUAUUUAUGGAGUGUUCGAAAGCCUUUUGUAUAUUUGUGGUUUAAACUAACUUAAUGAUUAAUUAUUUGUUUUAAUGUUUUCCUUUGAAAAUAGUGUUAUAAAAAGCUUAAAAUAAUUAUCACAACUGCUGAGUUUAAUGCAGAAACAUGAAAGCGGUUGUUCAGAGAGUCGUGAAGGCUAGCGUUUCAGUGAAUAAUGAGGUGGUGAGCUCAAUUGGGAGAGGAUUAUGUGUUCUUAUUGGAAUAUCACGAGAUGAUACCCCAAAGGAUAUGGAGUACAUGGUAAGAAAGGUUUUAAACCUGCGACUAUUUGAUGAUGCAAAUGGAAAGAGGUGGAACCACAGCAUUAAGGAUAAAGGGUUUGAAAUCCUAUGUGUAAGUCAGAUGGAGUAUUUGGUGCUUACAUGCAAGUCGAUAUACAAAAUGAUGGACCUGUGACAGUGCAAUUAGACUCCUGCCCACAACAGCCGACAAAG